CCAUAUUGUCUGCCGAGGCUGCCGCUGAAGCUACCGCUGCGGCCGCCGCCAAGUCUGAGCGAGCGGAGCCGCGAUGGAGCAUUCUGGAUACGAAGGCCGUUGCCCAAAAGAAUAUGAUGAUGGUCUUUGAAUUCAGAAACGAAACCAGCAUUGAGACCAUGGCAAGCCCAGGGAAGGACAAUUAUCGAAUGAAGAGCUAUAAGAACAAUGCCUUAAACCCUGAGGAAAUGAGACGAAGGCGGGAGGAAGAGGGCAUUCAGCUUCGGAAACAGAAGCGGGAACAACAACUUUUUAAACGGAGAAAUGUAGAGCUGAUUAAUGAAGAAGCUGCCAUGUUUGAUAGUCUGCUGAUGGAUUCCUACGUGAGCUCUACAACUGGGGAGAGUGUGAUCACAAGAGAAAUGGUGGAGCUGCUCUUUUCUGACGAUUCUGACUUGCAGUUAGCAACCACACAGAAAUUCCGGAAACUCCUUUCCAAAGAGCCAAGUCCUCCAAUAGAUGAAGUUAUUAACACUCCAGGAGUAGUUGAUCGGUUUGUGGAGUUUCUAAAGAGGAAUGAGAAUUGUACAUUGCAGUUUGAAGCUGCCUGGGCUCUAACAAACAUUGCCUCUGGAACCUCUCAGCAGACCAAAAUUGUCAUUGAAGCAGGAGCUGUCCCCAUUUUUAUAGAGUUGCUUAACUCAGACUUUGAAGAUGUACAAGAACAGGCAGUAUGGGCUCUUGGAAACAUAGCUGGAGACAGUUCGGUUUGCAGAGAUUAUGUCUUGAAUUGUUCCAUCCUUAACCCUUUGUUAACACUCCUUACUAAGUCCACACGACUGACAAUGACACGGAAUGCAGUCUGGGCCCUGUCAAACCUCUGCCGAGGCAAGAACCCUCCUCCAGAGUUUGCAAAGGUCUCUCCUUGUUUGCCUGUAUUGUCCCGACUACUCUUCAGCAGUGACUCAGACUUGCUGGCAGAUGCUUGCUGGGCCCUCUCUUACCUGUCUGACGGCCCCAAUGAGAAGAUCCAGGCGGUCAUAGACUCUGGAGUCUGCCGGAGAUUGGUAGAGCUUCUGAUGCACAACGAUUACAAAGUGGCAUCUCCUGCCUUGAGAGCUGUGGGUAACAUUGUCACUGGGGAUGACAUCCAGACCCAGGUCAUUCUUAAUUGUUCAGCCCUCCCUUGCCUCCUCCACCUGCUGAGCAGCUCUAAGGAAUCAAUCCGGAAGGAAGCUUGCUGGACCAUUUCAAACAUCACUGCUGGCAACAGGGCUCAAAUACAGGCUGUCAUAGAUGCAAAUAUCUUCCCUGUAUUGAUUGAAAUUCUUCAGAAAGCAGAGUUCCGUACAAGGAAAGAAGCAGCCUGGGCCAUCACCAAUGCCACAUCAGGAGGAACCCCUGAGCAAAUCAGGUACCUGGUAUCACUGGGCUGCAUUAAGCCCCUGUGUGACUUGCUGACUGUAAUGGAUUCAAAAAUUGUGCAAGUGGCCCUCAAUGGUCUAGAGAACAUUCUUCGGCUUGGAGAACAAGAAAGCAAGCGUAGUGGCUCAGGGGUCAAUCCCUACUGUGGUCUCAUCGAGGAAGCCUAUGGCCUGGAUAAAAUUGAGUUUCUCCAGAGCCAUGAGAACCAGGAAAUCUACCAGAAGGCCUUUGACCUCAUUGAGCACUACUUUGGUGUAGAGGAUGACGACAGCAGCCUGGCUCCUCAGGUGGAUGAGACGCAACAGCAGUUCAUCUUCCAGCAGCCUGAGGCCCCCAUGGAGGGCUUCCAGCUAUAAUGUCUGCCUCCGGGGAGGGGGGGCAUGGGAAGCACCAGCAGCCAGCAGAGAGGAGCAGCCUUCCGGUGGGCAGGAGAACAGCCACCCCACCAGCACCCCGCCCGCCCGCCUGCUGCCCUGGAGACUGUGCUCCCCACCUGUUCCUCCCCUUCCCUGGAGGGAGUGAGCGCCCUCUGGACAGACAGAACCAUCUGAGGCUCACAUUGGGUUUUGAGACAAGAAGGGGACGUGUGGGUUUCUCUUCCUUACACUUUAUUUUGGCUGCACACAUGUCUUUAACCCAGGAGCCCAGGGGUAGACAAAGGAGGACUGAGGUAAUCAAUUUGCACCUUUAAAAUUUUCUUCUUUUAUUUUCUUUAGUGGUGACUUCCUUCCCAAUUAUCUUUCUUCAUCCAUCCCAGUCCUCUGCCCUGACGUGUGUAACUCUUGGGUACUUGAGCAGAUGGAAUAUUCCAGAGGUGGGGGGGGGAGGGGAGAAGUCCAAAACAAAGUGUUCUUGCUCUGACCGAAUAGUAAUCUUGUAUGCUUGGAUUAUUUAAUUUUUUCUUUUGCACAUUUUUCUUGUAUUAAGGUUGUUCUUCCCAAAAAGCUGGAUUUAGUAACCCAGCCACCAGCAUUGUCUGGAAAUAGAGGCUAAUGGGGAGGCCCCCAUGAGACAAAGGUCCCUCCCUCCCUCUAAUCCUAUGCCUAAGACCUCUUUAGUUUGGGAGGAUCCCCCCUCACUCUCCUGGAGCAAGUAUAGCAGUGGAGUGGAAGGGAGGGGCCCAGGCCUUUAGACAGGGCUUCUCCUGUGUAGCUACUGACCCUGUUUCCUACCCACCUCCUAAAUGGUGCGACCCAACUUCAUUUGUUUACUUGAAAAUUCACCUCAGAGUUGAAUGAACCUCUGAGGUGGCUGUGUUUUCUCCUGAGCUUGAGAUGGUGGGCUGUGGUCCUUCCUUCUCCUGAGGAGAAAGUCCUUGCUCUGAUGACCCCUAAGUUGCAGAGGAGGUUGGAGUUAGUGUCGUGUAUUGGGAUAGUCAUGAAUCCCUGCCUUUGGCCUUUCUUCUUCCUUCUGCCAUAGCUGGAUCAUGUAUAUUUCACUUCCAAAGGAGAGAAUGGCAAAAAGUUCUGUUGUUUUUUUUAAUAGUCUGUAUUUUAAGUAGGUCAGUCUUAAUUGGUCUUAGAAGGACAAACUGGAUGUGAGUGGGAUACUGUGAGGAAGACCAGAACAAGUUUCUGCUCACAGGACUGAACUCGGUCCUUAGUUUCUCUGCUUGUAUUCUGGGCCACCACUUGGGACCAACUCUCACUUCUGGAACCUUUAUGAGGUAAAUCAGCUGGGCCUGAAGGGAGCGCGACCUGAUGAAGUCUGCUUCUCUGUUCCGUGCUUCCAAGCAGAAAGCACCCUGCCUUCUCUAACUCACUGUGGGCCACUCCUUCUCCCUCCCUCUCUUGAGUAAAGACAGUUCAGUGCCUCAGAGGCUGGCCUGUUUUAAGGGGUUACACAGUACACUAAAACCAAGCUCUGAGAGCUGGAGCUGGGUACAGUGUCAGCUAGGUAGAUCAUCUGUGGAGGUGGCAGCACAGUGCCCCCUUCUGGUGAUCCCCCACCCCCUUAGCUGCACUGUUCUUACUCCUGUUCCAUCAGAUCUCUGUGCCCCACAUUUGCAGAUGUAAAGUUGAGGUGCUUGCUGCUGGCCUCUGCCUUUCCAUCUGCCGUCUCUCCUUUACUUUAGAGUUCCUGCUCCAGAUUCCUCUAAGAAAGGUAGUUCAGGGCUGGCAGUUGAUACUGAAAAGUUCAACCAACAUUGGACCACGUUAGUGAGUGCCUUCCGGGAAGGCAAGGGGCUGGGCCUUUUAUUUUACCUGACUGAAACUGCUCCUAGUUCAAAGAAAAGUCCUCUAUGAAGCCAUCAUCGUACUUAUCUGAAGAGUAGAACAUUGAACCUCUCAAGUGACAAUUAGGACCCUGGCCCUGGCGCCAGAUUCUCACCAUGAGACACAAAUGUCCUGCUUUCCUCUGCCUGUUUUCUCUGGCUUCAGAGCAGACCCUGUACCACAUGGAACAGGUUGGUUAUCAAGCUGCUCCACUCUAAGUGUUCCUCACAGUCUGCUCCUAGCCAACUGGCUUCAGUGUCUAGCUCUCCCCAGUGACUGUGGCCCUGGAUGUUGGUUGUAGCCUUUUGGUAUUACUGUAUGAGUUCCAGCUUGCUAGGCACCAUUGUUACCUGGGUCUGUGCACACAAGUACUUCCGGGGAGCAGGUAUCGGUAGCCUGGUUUGGGAGACCUUUUGGUGUCCCCUUUACCUGGGACCUUGUAUCUAUCACUUCUCCUUCCUGCUGCCCCUGGGAGUCAUCCUCAGGAGCCUAUGUUCUGAAGCUAACCGUGGGUUAGAGCUGCAGUGGGGUUUAGCUGAGGGAGAGGAAAAGACAGUGCUUCCGCAUGGAGUUUCUUUCUCUGAAACCAAGCUGGUACAAAGACACACUUCCCACACGGAGGAAGUGUGUUUCUACUUCUGUCUGCCUGCAAAUGUAGCAGCUCACAGCUCUACGUGUCCUGGAGGCCUCUGCUCUCUUUAUUCAGACCCCAGCUCUUCUCUUCCAGGCUCGCUCAUUUUGGUAUCCAUCCUCUUGGGUAUUUUUCAGACUUAGAUUCUAACUUCUCAAAGGCAAAAAAACCGAACUUCUCCUGGUCCCUGCAGACCCAGGAGGGAGACAGGACGGUGGCAAGCUUCCCUAGCAGGCUGGGGAAGUGUGCAAGGCUAGGUGCCCUGAACCAUGGAUUCUGAGCAGUGGCAGCUUCAAGCAGCACUUCCCUGAGAGGUGGUAAGAGACAGGCUUCCUGGCACAUUCUAGACCAGUCUUAUCCAGUAUUUUUUUUUUCCUGUUUUACCUUUUGUAUUCUUUUGUUAAGCCAACAAACUGAGAAUUUGCCCCUGUAAGGAUCCAUGUGGUAGAUAUUAGCUGCUCUUUGGCCAAAGGCCUUCAUAGCUGACUCAAUCUCCCAGUCUAUCCUCUAGUCCCACCCCAGAAUGCACAGCAAGAGAAGCAGCUAAGGUCAACACCAACAAAUCUGAGUGAAAACUUGUUUUUCUUCUGAGAGAGCAUCUUGUCUGAAGCCUGAACUAUGUGCAGGACCAAAGCUGGCUGUGAGAAAAGCAGCCAGAAACUGGGGCGCCCAGUUACCAGAGGGGAGUGUUCUUGUGAACGUAUCUUCAAGGGCUUGGGCUUACCUACCUGCUUGUAGGCCAGCCUGACUUCUGAUGCUCAUACUAGCAUACACUGAUGAUGCCCACUAGCCCUGCACUCCUGUGGCUCUGAUGUUAAGGUUUCCAUUUAGAGAAAAAAACUGUAUAGCAUGUGCAGGGAGCUGUGAAAAAAGACAGAGACUGCCUGGAAACCUGUCAGGGGCUCACACCACGAACUCUCAGAAGCUAGGCGGGGGUGCUGGCUUUGUUAGCCGGCUUUUUUGGGAAAUGCCUUUUUUGACCUAUUAUAUAAAUGAAGUGGGUAUGAGGUCUCAGCUACCCAGCAGAUGGAACAUCGCCCAAGGACAGCUUGGGUUUCCAGGUAAGAACCCUAGAAAGGUGGAUUUAAUCCUCACAGGUUUUGUUUUCCAAAUUCAUUUGCUUUUAUUUUUCUAAGAACUGUAAACUCUAUUUUUUCAUGUUCUCAGGGCCCCUGGGUAGACAAAGCUUGAUUUCAGAGCAGAAAUAGGCCAAGAAACCAUGGCAUUGCGUGUGCUGAGUCCAGACAAAUGAUAUUUAUAUACACAUCCAAAUUUGAAGAGAAAAUGUAUUUCUUUAGGUUUCAAACACUGUAAUAGAUACAAAGCAAAAAUAAAAACCUGUUGCAAAGUUC